AUGGUGGCAUUCUACGUCUUCCUCGCCCUCACCGUCUUCUUCUUGCUCUUCAGCGCCGUUGUCUCCUUCAUCCUAUGCCUCGGAAUCCGCUCACCGAUCGUCGACACCAUUCCCUACCCGGAUGACAUCCUCUUAGACGGCGUCAAGCGGAGAAGCGACGUGGCGGAAUCCUCGUCGUCGAUGUCGACGUCCGACCUCCCAUCCACACCGUCGUCGGAUGGAAUUAAAGUCUUCCGUUUGGAUAAGACGUCGUUUACCUUUGAAGACAUCGUAACGGCGACGGGGAACUUCUCCGAGGAUAUGAUAAUCGGGAGAGGGGGAUACGGGGUGGUUUACCGGGGGGUACUCCCAGAUGGGAGACACGUGGCGGUCAAGAAGCUGCGAAGAGGAGGAGAGGGUGGUGGAGAGAGGGAGUUCCGGGCGGAGAUGGAGGUGUUGGCCGGUCGGACCGGGUCCGGAUGGCCCCACCCGAACCUGGUGGCUUUGUAUGGUUGGUGCCUGGUUGGUUCAACGAAGCUCCUGGUCUACGAGUUUAUGAAAGGGGGGAGUUUAGAGGAGGCGAUCUCGGACUGGACCCGGUUCGGGUGGGCCAGGCGGUUGGAGAUAGCGAUUGGGGUGGCCCGAGCACUGGUUUUCCUGCACCAUGAGUGCCGGCCGGCGGUGGUUCACCGGGACGUGAAGGCGAGUAAUAUCUUGCUGGACCAGGCUGGGCGAGCAAGGGUGACGGAUUUCGGGUUGGCAAGGGUGGUGGGGCUCGGAGAGAGCCAUGUGAGCACGGUGGUGGCAGGGACGGUGGGGUACGUGGCGCCGGAAUACGUGCACACGUGGCGGGCAACGACGAGGGGGGAUGUGUAUAGUUUUGGGGUGCUGGCGAUGGAGCUGGCAACGGGGAGGAGGGCGGUGGAUGGAGGGGAGGAGUGUUUGGUGGAGUGGGUGAGGAGGGUGGCAGGGGAGGGAUGGAGAGGGUUGAGAAGGGCGAUGGUGCCGGCGAUGAUGAAGGCAAUGGUGGAGGGGAGGGUGGUGGAGGAGGAGGAGGUGGAGGGGCUGGCGGAAAUGUGUAAGUUAUUGAUGGUGGGGAUGAGGUGCACGGCAGAGGUGCCGCAAGCGAGGCCAGACAUGAGGGAGGUGCUGGCUAUGCUGCUUUGUAUCAACAGCAAUGGUGGUGGCGGCGGCGGCGGCGGCGGCGGCUAA